GAAGUCGAAAAGUUUUCCAUCUGUGCUGGAGGCUUCCGCGGUAGGAGGAACCUCAAGUUUGGGUUCCUUGCCAAGGCGGUUGAAGUGGAGUUCGAACUUCGAAGUUUGGUGCGUUCACGGCUCAUAACCGAUGAAGGAAAUUACAAACUCGGACCUGCCGUGUGGCGACAGUUUCCUCCCGUGGAGGAAUGGCACCUUUCCGGAGCGCUUUUAGCCUGUUGGAUCACUGGGCUUGACCGCAGUCUGGACCCCCGGUGGUGGCGGGGGGGAUGCGUGAUCGGCAUGGGUCUGUGCCUCGGUACCGAAGUCACAGAGGAGGAGAAGAGGGCCCGGAUCCACAGCACCAGGAUAGACCGAGAACUGUACGAGUCCGCCAAACGGGAGAUGAACACGGUGAAAAUACUUCUGCUCGGGGCAGCUGAGAGCGGCAAGAGCACGUUGGUGAAGCAGAUGAAGAUCAUCCACAGUAAUGGAUUCACCAGGCAGGAGCUCAGCAGCUUCAAGCCGGCAGUGCUGGAUAACCUGCUGACCUCCAUGAAGUUCGUCCUCCACGGUAUGGGCGUCCUGCGCAUCAACCUGGCGAACAGCAGAAACAAGGUCCACGCCCACUCUGUGCUGUCCUGUGGCCGAAGUUUUGACGAAGACCAGGUUCUCUUUCCCUUCCUGAGCCACGCUCUGUCGUGUUUGUGGGCCGACCAGGGUGUGAGAGCCGCGGUGGCUCGGGGUUACGAAUACGAGCUCAAUGACUCGGCGCUGUAUUUCUUCGAGAACAUGUCCCGCAUCACGUCACUGGACUACAUUCCAUCGGAGAUGGAUGUUCUGCGUGUACGCCUGAGGACCACCGGCGUGAUCGAGACCCAGUUCAAAGUCAAUCACCUCAUCUUCAGGAUGUACGACGUCGGAGGCCAGCGGACCGAGCGGAGAAAGUGGAUCGGCUGUUUUGAGGACGUCAGGGCGGUUCUUUUUGUGGUGUCGCUCAGCGGUUAUGACAUGACUCUAGUGGAAGACCCUUCCAUGAAUCGUUUACAGGAGAGCAUGAAGCUCUUCUCCUCCAUCUGCAACAACGUCUUCUUCCGCAGCACAUCCAUGAUAUUGUUUAUGAACAAAAUUGACUUAUUUCAAGACAAGAUACUGCACUCUGGUCGACACCUGCGCUUGUACCUGCCGCAGUUUAAAGGUGCAGACUGUGACGUGGAUUCGGCCGCCAGAUUCAUCGCCGCGACCUUCAUCUCCCUAAAUAACACUCCCAGCAAACUGGUGUAUCACCACUUCACCACGGCCACCGACACCUCCAACAUCCAGGUGGUCUUCCAGGUGGUCAUGGACACCAUCAUUAAGGAGAACUUGGAAGCGGUGUCGCUUCUGUAGCGAUGAACUGGACUUUUUUUUUUUUUCCCUUUUUUACAAUGAUGCUUCUGAAGGAACGUUGCUGCACUUAUAACCCCAAAACAAGCUGAUGCUAUGCGGCCCCCUCUUUGUUUGUGUGUGUGGGCAGAGCGCUGAUUUACUAUAAGUCUGUCAGGUGGUCCACGCCACAGUGCUCGUCUGUCUUCUGUUGUGUGUCCAUCGUAACUCAAGCAGCAUCGACGUCUGAGGAGUGAGGAAGUUUUGACUUGACUGAAACUUACCAUUUCAUUUCGGAGGCUGUCUUCGAUAUGUGAUAUGCACCAACACUGACUGCUGAAACUACGCAAUGUCUUUGUCAUUUGUGUGGCAUUUGCUCUGUGGGGGCCGUCAGUGUGGAGGGAGCCGACCUAUUCCAGGAGCAAACCAGUGAAACGCCGCAGAUCUCCUCUGCUUCAUAACAAAACAAACGUGGAGCCCCACAUCAUUUUAUGUCUUUGUUCCUUUUAAUAGAUAAAAUAAACCAUAGCCAUUUACAGGAAAUCUGCAUCAGAGAGGGCCAGGGGGAGGAGGGGGGGUCAAACAGGAAAAUUGUGAUGUCAUCUUUUUAUAUCGUUUUUCACAAUCCGUAAUCUUUAUACUGAGUGAAAGCAAGUGGAGUACAGCAGAUUAAAAGAGGAGUCUGACAACGGGCCACAGAUCUCUUCCUCAACUUCAUCCCACAUAUUUCUCCGGAGUCGUCGGGGCGGUUCAUGAGCAGAGGAGCAGAGCCGUCCUCAUGCAGACAGGCAGU